UGGGAUAGCAAUGGUGGGCGCGUGAUUUUGAACAAAUUCAUAAUGCCUUCCGAUAGAACAGAGGUCAGAGCAGCUAUCGGGCAUUGCAUCCUCGUUGUUUUUAACGCUUGCUGACUGUUGUCUGUUCCAUUUAUUCAGUGGUCACUAGGAGUAGUGGCAAAUCUGUCACAGAAUCGGCACCUUCAGAACGGUCCUCUCCCAGUACUGCAGUUACAAUGAAUAAUAUCAAGGAAGAAGUGGACAUUACCGCGAUGUCGGCCAAUUUGUAUGAUCUUGGAUCAGCGAAUCAGAUUACGGAGAAUCCCGAGUUAGUUGCACUGGAAAACAUAAAAGCAGAACUUGACAAGAUUCAAGACUCGAACAUUGAGGUGGUAACAGAUGUACCUGAGGCAACCAAGACUGAGGUGGUGAUAGAAGAGACACCAAAUGUGAAAGUGGAAUCAAUUAUUCAAGAAGUGGAAGUGUCGUCUAUCAUGGGUGGUCAGUCGACGCAAAACACAAGUCUGAUUAAUUCAGGUUUAAGCCUGUUGUCAGACCAGGCGACAACUAUCAUGGUGGGCAGUGAAUUUGAAAAUAAAGUACUUUCAACAGCUGCAGUUGUCAAUGCUGGAGUAAAGCGGCCUGCUACAUCAUCGCCUCCACCACAGAUGAAAGUUAUCAUACAAAAAAAUCCGACAACGAACCAAACUCAGCCAGUUUUGUUUGCACAGUCUAUGAGUGGCGUGAGCCAAUCACAGCUUGUGAGCUCAGGUGGUCAAGGGUUCACUAUCUUGUCUCCAUCAGUCCAGGGAGCAUCAACGCCGACAAAGACUAUAACAUUAUCUCAAGCUGGCAUUGUGUCGCCAGGUCGAACAAUAGCACUGACUUCUCUCAGUAGCACCCCACCAAGGAGUAUUAUCCCACAACAGAAAAUUGCCAUUUCUCCAGCUAAAACACCUACAAAAAUAACCAUGAUACCUGUAUCCGGGAAGUCUCCCCACCGGGUGAUUCCUUUACAGCAUGUUGCAGGCUCUAAUGUAUUGACAAUGAUACCAAAAAAUGCUUUGAUCACAACAACAGCUUCUUCAGUGAGUGGGACUGUAAUAGCAUCAACAUCUACGAAAACAAUAACUUAUUCUCCUCAAAGGGUUUUUAUUCGGCAGCCAUUCAGUGUGGGAGGGAAACCUCAGACUAAUGCAGCUGGUCAAACACUGAAGCAGAUCACAAUACCAUUACAAAAUACUCAGAAUGUACAGCAGAUUCAAGUACCAGGGAGCAAAUUCAACUACAUCAGACUUGUGUCAACUCCUGCAUCACAGCAGCAGGCACAGACUCAAGGAAACAAACAAGCCACAAUUGCUCCAGCUGGCCAGGCCAAGCAAAUGGUUCCUCUGUCUGUUGGAAAUACAACAGGACAAACCCUGAAAUUUGCAGUUGCUCCAAAACCUGCUGCAAAUCAGACGUCAACUGCACAGCCACAGACGCAGAGGUUACUUUUGCCAGCCACUAGUACUGUUCAGAUCCGAGCAAGUGCAGCGCCUACACAAAGUUUAGCACCCAUGAGACCUGUGACAACAGCAACAUCCACUGCGUUAUCACAGUUACCCCCUGGGACAACACUCAUAUCCACGGGUGGUAAUGUCUCGGGAGUGCAAGGAUUUGCUCUAGUGCCAGCUCAGUAUAUUUCAAAUUUGCAGCAACAAGCUGGUCAGUCUUCACAGCCUGCUCAGCAGCAGUCCGUUCAGUCUAACUCUGCUAACAACAAAGACUACAUACCUAUAGCCAGUAAUGAUAUGUCUGUGUCUAAUGCUGUUGCAUCCAGACAUUUAAAUGGUUCCAGCCCAAUGGAAACGCCUGGUGGUCAGAGGCCAAGAAAACCAUGCAACUGUACAAAAUCUCAAUGUUUGAAAUUAUACUGUGAUUGUUUUGCCAAUGGAGAAUUCUGUCACAACUGCAACUGUACGAAUUGUGCUAAUAACUUGGAACACGAAGAUGAGCGGUCACGAGCCAUCAAAUCAUGUCUAGACAGAAACCCACAUGCUUUUCAUCCAAAAAUAGGAAAAGGGACUGGUAAAAUUGGUGAUGGCGAUCGGCGGCAUAACAAAGGGUGCAAUUGCAAAAAGUCUGGAUGUUUGAAAAAUUACUGUGAAUGUUACGAAGCAAAAAUCACGUGUUCAUCAAUGUGUCGUUGUGUUGGUUGCAAGAACUUUGAUGAGAGUCCUGAGCGCAAGACUCUGAUGCAUCUGGCAGAUGCUGCUGAAGUGAGAGUGCAACAGCAGACCUCAGUCAGAACUAAGUUGUCUUCCCAAAUGCAAGAUGUACCAUCCAAACAUUCUCUGUCGGGGGCUGAAAGGCUACCUUAUACAUUCAUCACAUCAGAUGUUGCGGAGGCUACCUGUGUGUGUAUGUUGGCACAAGCAGAAGAUGCAGAAAGAACCCGGCAGCCACCUGUUAUACACGAGAGAGCUAUACUGGAAGAAUUUGGCAGAUGUCUUAUGCAGAUUAUUGAGUCAGCAAACAGAACAAAAGCUGGCGGAGUUUCGAUACCUCUGACUUAGCAUUUCUACUCCAAUACUAAAUGUACAUGUUUUGAGAUGCUUGGGAUGUGGUUGCUUAUCUAUGUCUUGUAAACUAGCAAGAAUCUGGCUGGAAACAUACUCAUUUUGUGAACGACCUCGCAAAAUCAUGUUUGAAAUGGCAGCUAAUUUCCUCUCCUUUGAAAAGUUUUUUUCAGCCUGCGCUGUUUUCAGUCUUCAUAACAGCUUAUAUCAUAACAAAAGAACUGGUGUUCUUUUCACAAGGCAAACAAUGACCUGUAGAAGUAUAGUUCACCUAAUACUGCUAGUUGUGUUUUCCCGAAAAAUCCUUUUGUUCCUAAAUAUGAAGUCUACCUUGUCAAGCUCAAACCUGGUUAUACUUGUUGAAUAAUAACUAGAACCCUACCAUGUAAAUCAUUGAAAGUCUGCCUCGUGUAACCAGCUAGAGGAAAUGUUAGGUUUGAAUUGCUUUUGGAAACUAUGGUGUUCAAUAUUCUAUUUCCAAGGGUUGUUAUAUUGUAGAUUUGAUAUGAGUAUACAAGUCCUCAACAGAUCCCAGAGUUCAAAUCAAGACUACUGUAAACCUACCCUGAGAAAUGUGCCACAUGACAUAAAUUAGGCAUAUUGCCCCCCAAGGAAAUAUGGCAGGAUCAGACCUGUAUGUAAAGCUGCCAUUGUAUCUAGCUCUUGUAUAAAUUCUGAAAGACGCGCAAUUUGUAUUUUUGUAUAAAGCUGAAAUAAUGAUUAAGGACUAAAAUGUUAGUGUUAGUUUUCUUGUUUUAAUGGCGCAAAAUACAAUGUAAAUAGGCUUUACAUGUAUUUGCUCAGUGAUUUAUUUAUUUUAUCGUGUACAUUGAUUUAAGGACUGGAUUUAUUUGGUAUUGGCAGUCGGUUGAGUUGUAACAUGACAGUAAUGAACUGAUUACAUUUGUUAAUCUUAUCAUGGAAUAGAUUCUGUAAUGAUAAUAUAAUGUCUGUCGAAGGGGCCAUCAAUAAAAUAUGUUCCGCUAUGCAUCAAAACCCAAUUUGCAGACCCCAGUACUCAAAAUGGCUGUUUUGUACAAAGGGAAUUCUUCUGUACAGGUGGUGGAAUAUAAAUACCAAAAUUUUUGGACCUACCCCUUUUGGGUACAUAUUAGGCCCACCUCCUUUUUGGAUGACCGUAAUUUUUUAUUCAGAUACUAGGUCCAGACAGCUCAGAAUGUGCUUGCCUGUCCAGCCACACUUAAUCCUUAUUUUUUGGGCAACAAGACAUUGACCUGUUGAAAAAAUGCAAGUGUCUUGAUGGAGAGAAUAGGAUAGAAAACUGUUUAUCCUCUUCAUUACCUAAAGAUUAAACGUUCUGUGUGCAGCUAUUUUCAAACAUUUACCAAAUUUUGUUACAAUUGUAUUUAGUUCUGUGUGCCUUUGCUGAAUGUAAAAGAGGUUGUUUCAAAAAACACCAUGAAUACAUUGCAUAUUGUCGUUUGGAAGAACAAAAUACCUACAACAAGUAAACACUGGGGGUUUUUUUGUUCCAUAGAGAAAUAGUGUACAUUUACUUUCUUGCUUGGAUGAAGGGUUUAAGCGUGGUUCACAUUGUACAUUUCACAUUGUACUUGAUGUAAAUAUUGCAGAGGCUUCACAAAACACAGGGCUCAAGCUAAACGUGGACUUUCUUGAUCAGCCUUGACAAAAUCUCAGGAGUCCUGUAACAAUUCUUAAGUUGACAGUUUUAAAAGUGAGGGUCCUGGGCCAAGUUUCAUGUUUCAAAAUACACUUUUUAGGGGUUAUCUUGAGCUCUGAAACAUGGCCAUGGAGAUUAUCAGAUUUUUUAUGUGCAAUGAAAUAUUAUUAGGACAACCUUGCUUUGGAGCAUUUAUCAUGUUUACAGUACUAUCGAAUUCGAUAAUUAUAAUUUUCUGUGCAGUAUUCUAGUAGACAUAUUUCACUGGAUGGAGACUAAUCUCAUUGUCAAUUGAGAUGCUUGCAGUAAAAACUUACAGAAUUGGUUCAGGAUUUUCCCUCUUCAGUUGAAUAUAAUUAUUGUACAUAUUUGGUUUUAUCCAUCCCUAGAAUAGUGAGCAUCCAAUGAUUGUUUCCUUCUAUAAAUAAGAUAAUAUAUAUACACUACACUGUACACAUUAUGGAAGUGAAGCUUGUUACAAAAUGAACUGUAAUAAAUUAAUUUUCAUUUA